AUCGUUAGUUCCACUGCUUGUCCAGUUUCCAGGCAAGUGGGGGUGACUUUCGAGGCAACCGACGGUGAAUUCUCUUUUCAGCGUUUACUUUGAAAUUCUGAAAAAAAUCAUAGCCAAAAAAAAAAAACUGCAACUUCAUUCAUUUCAGGCCAAAUAUUGAAGAUGGGCGAUUCAUCAUUUGCAUCGGGCUUCAAAACCGGGUUCGGGUCGGCCUUCCUGCAAUUCGCGCUGGAGAGAUUUGCAACAUUCGGUUCUUUCGCCUGGAAAGAAAUAGGUGUGAUAUGGGGCGUUGAGGCCGAGCUCCGCAAGCUGCACAGAACUUUCUUGAAAGCUCGAGAUUUGGUGGACCACAUCGACGGCAGCCCGUUUAGGUUUUCGGGCUGGAGCAGCGCGUGGCAGAUGUGGUUCGAAGACAUGAGAAAGCUUGCCUACGAUGCCGACGCCCUUCUCGACCGAGUCUCCCUGCAUCUCUCCAACUACUGUGCAGAACAAUCGGAAAACAACGCCGCCGCCGCCGCCGCCGCCCGACAAAAUCAGGUCUUCUCGAUGGUGCUUUCGUCUUUUAAAUUCGACCUCCCACGUGAGAUAUCUGCAAUGCAGAAGAAACUCGAGGAGCUCCUCAGAGAAAUGGAGAGUCUGAAUGUGAUUGAGAAGGCCAAAUUUGAUGCUGCCGGUAAAACUGUUUCAACAACUUCGCGUUCAACGGCGUCGUUUGUGGAUGAUAGAAAUGUGGUCGGGAGGGUUCGAGAUAAAGCGUGUCUGGUGCAUUUGCUUACGGGGGAAUGCGAUGUCGAUAAUUUCUCUGUGAUUCCUUUAGUCGGGAUGUGUGGACUUGGCAAAACCACUCUUGCUCGACUCGUAUUCGAUGAUGACACGGUGAGCAGCAGUUUCGGGAAGAAAAUGUGGGUGUCCAUCUCCACGAAUUUCGACGCGGUUAGAAUUACAAAGUCGAUAAUCGAGUGCGUAACGCUUUCUCCUUGCAAUUUAUCGGAUUUGUACUCCCUUCAGAAGGAGCUGCGCAAUUUGUUGCGUGGGGUGAAGUUUUUAUUGGUUCUAGACGACUACUGGAGCGAGAAGCACGACGAUUGGGACAUUCUUUGCUCGCCUUUUAGAUUCGGUUCUAAAGAUAGCAAAAUUGUCGUAACCACGAGAAGUGCUAAAGUCUCGUCAAUCGUGAGCUUUUCCGAAGCAUACAGGUUGAAGAUUUUAUCCGAUGACGACUGUUGGGAGGUGAUUAAACAAAGGGCGGCCACCGGUGCAGAGGCAAGGGCAAGCACAGUCUUGGAAUCAAUUGGCAAACAAAUUGCAACAAAAUGCAAAGGCUUGCCGCUAGUGGCCACGGCACUUGGAAAUAUGCUGCGCCGCAAGUGUACCGAACAAGAAUGGAGUUCCGUAUUAGAGACCGAGUUGUGGGAUUUGCCGCACGACAAAAAUGUAUUUCCUGCUUUGUUGCUCAGUUAUCUGAACCUUCCGCCGCAUUUGCAAAAAUGUUUUGCUUACUGUUCCCUCUUUCCUAAAGAUCACGAGUUUGACGUCGACGAACUCGUACUCUUAUGGAUGGCGGAGGGAUUCAUUCAGCCAAUAGGAGCUAGGAGACUCGAAGAUUUGGGCAGUGAAUACUUCAAUGAUCUACACUCGGCAUCUCUCUUCGAACGGUGUGGAAGCACUUCGAAUCGGAUAAUAUACAAAAUGCACGACCUGAUUCACGACAUGGCUCGAGUUGUCUCGAGAGAUGCAUGCUGCCGCGUGAAAUAUAGUAUGUUAAAGCACUAUCCCUUAUUCGGCAAUGCGUGUCAUUUUUCUUUGCUUCGUGAUGGUAUUCAACCAUCAGCGCGGCUACAAGCAUACCAGAAAAAUGAGAGGUUAAGGACUUUCUUAGUGAUCAGUAAUAAUAUAACUACCGGAGGAGUUAUCGAUCGCCAGUUGUUCUUAUAUUUGCAGUGCCUGAGGGUGCUGGAUUUGAGUCGUCUUGGCCUGAACGAUCUCCCAGAUUCUGUCGAUCGGUUGGAAUAUCUUCGCUAUCUUAACCUCUCUGAAAACCGCAUGUUCCGUCUGCCGGAGUCCAUGUGUAAACUAGUGGCAUUACAAACACUGAAGCUGAAAAAUUGCUCCCAGCUUAUCGAAUUGCCGCAAAAUACGAGGAAUCUCUCAAAUUUACGGCAUCUCGAGCUGGACACAAAAGGCCAGCUUCAGUGCAUGCCACUAGGGUUCGGAAGGUUGACUAGUCUUCAGACUCUUUCUACGUACGUCGUAGGUCGAAAAAAGGGACACGGGAUUGAGGAACUAAAGGAUAUGGAUUGUCUUAGAGGAUCACUCUGCAUAAAGAAUAUCCAAUACGUCUCAAAUGCAACGAGCGCCGAAGAAGCCAAGUUAGGCAUGAAAACAUGCCUAAACAAGCUUGAACUGCAGUGGAUAAAAUUGCCAGCUGGAUCACCGCUCCUUAACCAAAGAAUGAGCGAACAAGCUCAAGUAUUGGCAAAUCUUCAACCUCACGGAAACGUAAGAGAUUUGGUCAUCCAAAACUACUGCGGCGUUAUCUACCCUAAUUGGUUGAGCGAAUCGUGGCGCAAAUUUACGAGUAUUCAUUUGCAAGGGCUUAAAUACUGCGACAGCCUUCCGUCUCUUGGUCAACUUCCGUCUCUCAAAUCUUUUGCUAUCUCGGACAUGCCUCUUUUGCAGUACGUGGACGAUAGAUUCUACGGUACGGGCAAUCAUGUGAAGUUCCCUUCAUUAGAGUCCUUUCAACUUCAUGGUAUGUCAAUGUUGAUACAAUGGAGAAACGCGAGCAAUGCUGACAUGCCCUGCCUGAAUUCUUUCACGAUUGAAGAUUGCCCGAAUCUGAUCAGUUGUCCAACAAUAUUCCAAACUCUCGUGCAGAAUUCGAAUAUCGCUCGAUGCCCACUCCUUCGGUUCCCCUGAAAACUACGAUUGUGAUUGUUGAUGCUUACGGCGACAUGCAGAAUCAAAGGUGGGCUCGCAUAAAAAUCGUCCGUUUAUUAUGUUUAGCACUUGUAAUUUAUAUAUAUACAAAUUUGCCUUUAUAUUUACAUAAAAUUAUCAAAAUGGUAAUUAUUAUUAUUU